GUAAGAUCCAGCCUGUGCGUCCAGGGAGCAGUUCCGUCCUCCAUGGCCAUUGAACUGCCACGGAGGACCGCGUCAACAGCAGGACUCGGAAGGUGCUUGGAGAGUUCGCUGCUGGGCUGUCGAAGCCCCUGAGAGCAUCCUGCAGCACAGCGCAAGAGCUGAAGCUGGAACAAGAGACACACGAGGCGCAACUCGGGGGACCCGGCGGCCAGGGGCUCCAGCUGACCGCUGCGAACGCGGCGGCCAAGCCACCCCGAGUACGAGAGGAUCGUGCGUCCGCCACUCGAGGGUGUUUGAUCCUCUAGGGCCUCCGGCUAGUCCACGAGUAUCCGCGGUCGGGGAACCCAGGUCGCUGCAAAGCGACCCCCCAGCGGCCAAGGGCAGGGACUACAAUGCAACGACGGCGCGCGCGCGGGGGGGGGCAGGUUCUGGCGCUCCGGAAAUGACGUUCAGAAGCGCGCCGAGGAUGAGUCAUGGCUCAGAAGGCCGCGGUACAACCGUCUGAGGAAACUUUGUCGCUCUGGAAACGGGAGCAAGCCCGGCUGAAAGCCCUGCUGGUAGACCGAGACACGGAGGCGUGGCAGCGGGACCCCGCCUUCUCGGGUCUGCGGAGGGUUGGGGGCGUUGACGUGUCCUUCGUGAAGGGGGACUGUGUCAGCGCCUGUGCUUCCCUGGUGGUGCUCAGCUACCCUGAGCUCGAGGUGGUGUAUGAGGAGAGCCGCAUGAUCAGCCUGACGGCCCCCUACAUAUCAGGCUUCCUGGCCUUCCGAGAGGUGCCCUUCCUGGUAGAUGCGGUGCGGCAGCUGCAAGAGAAGGAGCCAAGCCUCAUGCCCCAGGUCCUUCUUGUGGAUGGAAACGGGGUGCUCCACCACCGAGGCUUCGGGGUGGCCUGCCACCUUGGCAUCCUCACAGAGCUGCCCUGCAUCGGGGUGGCCAAGAAACUCCUACAGGUGGACGGACUGGAGAACAGCGCUGCGCACAAGGAGAAGAUUCGGCUCCUGCGGGCUGGAGGAGAUGUGUUUCCUCUGACAGGCAGCUCUGGGACUGUCCUGGGAAUGGCCCUGAAGAGCCACGAUCACAGCACCAAGCCCCUGUACGUCUCCGUGGGCCACAAGAUAAGCCUGGAGGCAGCUGUGCGCCUGACCCGUUGCUGCUGCAGGUUCCGGGUCCCGGAGCCCGUGCGCCAGGCUGACAUCCGCUCUCGCGAGUACAUUCGCAGGACUCUGGGACACUCUGGGCCACCUGUACCAGGGCAGGAGAGGAGCCAGAAGGGACCGAGGCCAAAGGCACACCCCAAAGGAGGCUCGGCAGGGCUGGCAGGAGAGGGCAGGCACCCUGAGGACCUCAGCAGAGGCCCUGGGGCAGACCCGGAAGCCACACAGCUGGGCUGCUGGGAGCAGCAGGGCAGGGCCUGGCAGUCGCCGGGACCUGGGCACCAUGAAGACUCCAACUGUAGGCCUUCUACUCCAGCCUCAGGAUGGUAGCCAGCCCCAGGAAUGGUCCCAAGGGAUGUGUGUGUGUCUGUGUGUGUGUGUGUGUGUGUCUAUAUAUAUGAGACUGAGCUGCCAGGCCUCCCACCCAAGCCCAUCUGAGGUGGAGUGCUCUGGCUCUUGCUCAGAACCUGUUUUCUCAGAGGAAGCCCUCUGCCCACCUCCCUGGGGUGUACCCAGGAGAGGGAGCAGCAGAUGCCCCAGUGGUGGGGUCCUGGAGCACAGCCCAGCCUACACAAACACACGCCUGGGGCUCCCUGCAUCCCCACUGAAGCCAGGGCUGGAGGGCUCACAGCUGGCCCCACCAGCUGCCCUCCUAACUGCUUCCAGACUUUUCCCUCUCAGAGCUCCAGAGGACCAGGGCUUGGCAUUGGAAGUGCAGGGCUAAGGCGGAGAAAGGCUGGCUGGGAUCCAGCUGUCUCUCACUGGGGCUUUGGGUGAAAUGCCUGUCAGGUGGCGAUAAUGCCUGUCCUCCCUCCCUGGGGCUGGGGAGGUCCCAAGAGGUGACAUACAUAAGGGGCUUAGCACAGCGACUGGCACACGGUGGUCCCUUGAUGAAGGGAAGCCAUUAGUCUAGAAAAGUGGGACUCAGAGAGACCUGGGCUGAUGGCCAUGCUAACUGGGAUGAGAAGAAACCAGGUCAGAGUUCUCUCCCACCACCCAACUACAGGUUGGGGGCAUGCCUGGCUGCACUCCGUUUAGGGCUGGACAGGCAAGACCGGCCAACCUGGGGUGGGGUCCUGCUCUCCCCUUCUGUCCCCCCAGUUCCAGCAGGAGAGCUCGGUAGUGGUGGCCCCACACUGCUCAGCACACUGUAGACCCCAUGAACAGAGGGGCAGCUUCAAGUGUGAGACAGGCAGAGAAGGCCGUGCCCCUCCUGUGGGGACGGGAUCUUCACACUGUGGCCACAGCCAGCAGCUGCAAGAGGUCCGCCCAGCCCGCUCACUCCCACAGUGAGGAGCAGGCCGGAGCCUCGAGGGAGGCUUGUGGAUAAACCUUUUGUUUUGCGGUGCUGGGGAUGGAACCCAAUGCCUGUGCACACCAGGCACGCACUCUGCCACUGAGUCACCUCUCCUGCCCUGCAGACAACUUUUAUGUGGAUAAUUUUUGAGAUUAAAUUCACCAUUUCAUUUGU